AUGUCUCAAUCCGCGUCCCCCUUUCCUACACAGCCAUCAUUCUACUCGACGCCUCCGAUGUCGCAUCCAGCGCUCAACGCCGAUACACCACCACCGCCCCCUCCCAAACCCAGCAGCCAUGAAGCGAGUCGAGGAGGCACUCCCCAGAACACCUCGAUGGCACCGCAACCACAAGCCAGCUAUCAGCCAGAUGCUCAGGCCUAUUACCAAAACCAACAAACACCCCUCCCAGCACCCCCAUCAAUCGAAGAAGGCUGGCUCCCAGAAUUUGUAAAGGACAAAUCAACAACCGAUCUCCAAUCAAUCCUUAAAGAUUCAAGCUUAAUAACCGCCCUGUCAAACCAACAUCCCUCCCACACAUCCCGCCAAGAUUACCUCGACACCCUAAUCCAAACAAACAAGGACCUCGUAACCCGCCUCCUAGAAAUGCAGUCCCACGUCGCCGAGCUACGCGCCUCAACCGAGAAAAUGCUUCUCACACACCAAUCCUUGGAAGUCUCCUGGCGCAAGAAACAAACGGAGAUGGACACCGCGCUGGCGCCGUGGUCGCCUAAGACUUUAUACCAGCGCCUGAGCGCAGCGAUCGCGGAGCAGGAGGCUGUUUGUCAUGCAGUGGAGGAGAGUUUCCUUGACGAGGACCAUCAUGGUCGGGCGACGGAGAAGGACAUUACAGAUUGGGUCAGGAGGGUGAGGAGUGAGGCUUCGAAGCUUGCGUCUAGAAAGGAGGCGAAGGCGAGGUGGGAUGAGGGUAGGGUUGGGGGAUGGCGUUGA